AUGUCGGAGCCAGUGGGCAUCAUCGGCUCAGCUUGCCGCUUCCCAGGCGGAGCAGAUUCACCAUCUAAGCUGUGGGAGCUGCUAAAGGAUCCAAAAGAUGUUCUACGCGAGUUCCCCCUAGACAGGCUGAAUCUAUGGAGCUUUUACCAUCGCAACGGCGAGUAUCAUGGCAGCACUGACGUACAAAACAAGAGUUACCUUCUAUCACAAGAUAUCCGCCUGUUCGAUGCCCCGUUUUUUCGCAUAAGUCCCUCGGAAGCGGACUGUAUGGAUCCUCAGCAGCGCAUGCUUCUCGAAACGGUGUAUGAGGCGCUGGAAUCAGCCGGCUGCACCCUUGAUCAAAUACAAGGCUCCCUAACAUCAGUUUACGUUGGCCUCAUGAACGGUGAUUACGCUGAUAUCCAGACGCGUGACAUUGAGACCAUAGCGACUCAUCAUGGCACCGGUACACACCGCAGCAUCAUAUCGAAUCGUAUAUCCUACUUCCUGGAUCUCAAGGGCGCAUCUAUGACCAUAGAUACUGCCUGUUCUAGCUCCUUAGUUGCUCUUCAUCAGGCAGUACAGAGCUUACGACUCGGUGAGAGCGAUAUAGCUAUUGUGGCAGGCGCUAAUCUUAUACUCGAUCCAACCAUGUACGUGGCCGAGUCGAAGCUACACAUGCUCUCUCCAGACUCCCGUUCCCGCAUGUGGGAUUCGGCAGCCAACGGGUAUGCCCGCGGGGAAGGAUUCGCUGCCGUUGUUCUGAAACUACUAGACAAAGCCAUUGACGAUGGAGAUCAUGUAGAGUGCGUCGUUCGCGGCAGUGCUGUCAACUCAGACGGCCGGACCGCAGGGAUCACGGUCCCUAGUGCUACAGCCCAAACCAUACUGAUCAGGCAAGCGUAUAGAGACGCCGGUUUGGACCCCUUGAUUGAUCGCUGCCAGUAUUUUGAAGCUCAUGGGACUGGAACCCCAGCAGGGGAUCCGGUUGAAGCAAGGGCCAUCCGGGAUGCCUUCUUCCCCGAGGGGAGUGAAGAUUCAGUCCUCCCGGGGAAUCUGCUGGUGGGUUCUAUAAAAACAAUCGUUGGACAUCUUGAAGGCUGUGCUGGACUUGCCGGAGUGUUGAAGGCGUCUCUUGCUAUGCAAAACAGAACUAUCCUGCCCAACAUGCUCUUUUCCGAGCUGAACCCGGCCAUUACCCCCUUUUAUGACCGUCUCGAGGUUCCGACAAAGAUAUCUGAGUGGCCCGAAGUCCCCGUUGGCUCGCCCUUGCGCGUCAGCGUCAACUCCUUUGGCUUUGGAGGCACCAAUGCUCACGUCAUUCUUGAAAGCUUCGAUUGUGGGGAAGUAGCACAGACACGGCAGGAUGAUGAUAAAGACGCAACAACCGAGCGCUUCGUAGGGCCGCUGAUCAUAUCUGCAAAUUCACGUGACUCGCUCUUGCGAUCUGUCAAAGAAUAUGCUGAUUAUAUCCGCAAUAACGUGCAGCUUGAUCUUGCUGACAUUGCUUGGACGCUGCAGUUUCGACGGACACAGUUUAGCAACAAACGUGCUUCCUUCUCAGGCGCCACACGCCAGAAACUGCUGUCAUAUAUGGACGUCUUUGUUGCCGACAAUAUGGUGUCAACUAGUUCGGGGACGGGGGCUAUUACUAGUGAAAAUCCCUUGUCACUACUUGGUAAUGAUACCCCUGGGAUCCUUGGCAUUUUCACCGGUCAAGGUGCACAGUGGCCUUCUAUGGGCCGCAAUUUAAUUCUGCACUGCCCGCUCUUCCGUGAGUCCAUCACCAGGUGCGAAGCGUCGCUGGCCUCGCUAAAAGUUGACCAGCCCAUGUGGUCUCUAAUGCAGGAGCUUCUCGCAGAAGGGGAACGGUCUAGGGUCCACGAGUCCGCUAUUUCGCAGCCUCUUUGCACGGCUGUCCAGAUCGGACUUGUUGACCUCUUACACGCUAGCGGUAUCUCCCUGCGUGGCGUAGUCGGCCAUUCUUCGGGUGAGAUUGCCGCUGUGUAUGCGGCAGGCAUAAUAUCAGCCAAAGAUGCUAUCCGAAUCGCAUAUUAUCGUGGUUUCCACGCCAAACUGGCCAAAGGUCCUAAGUGCGAGCGUGGCGCUAUGCUCGCUGCUGGGCUAUCGUUUGAGAGCGCAACGGACUUUUGUGCAAUACCAAAGUAUAAUGGACGUGUUACUGUUGCAGCCUUGAAUUCCCCGUCCAGCAUCACCUUUUCGGGUGACGCAGAUGCUAUCGGCGAGCUUAAGAAUGAGCUGGAUUCCCAAAAGACGUUCGCCAGGAAAUUGAAUGUUGCUACGGCUUACCACUCGCAUCAUAUGGCGCCCUGUGCGGAGGCCUAUCUCAACUCCUUGAGGGGAUGCAAUAUCCAGGUCCAUCGGCCAAGUGAGGCCUGCAUCUGGGUCUCUAGCGUGUACGGAAAUACACAUCCCCUCCUAGAUGACCAGACUGAUGACUGUCUUGCUGUUCUGAAGGAUCAAUACUGGGUAGACAACCUCCUUAGCCCCGUUUUGUUUGCCCCAGCUUUAGAAUGCUCCCUCUACAGAGCCGGACCCUUCGAUAUUGUGACUGAGGUUGGGCCACACCCCGCACUUAAGGGUCCAAGCACGCAGACUCUCAAGGCUUCAUUGGGCUCUUCGCUGCCAUAUUUUAGUAUUAUGCGACGCGGAGAUGAUGAAGUCGAGGCUUUCUCAGGAGGCCUGGGCCAUCUAUGGGAACAUUUCGGUGCGGCGGCGUUGAUUGACUUUGAUGGACAUCGUCAAGCUUUUACACGCAUUGACCAACUGAAAAGCACCAAGGCUACUACCACCACACGACUUAUCAAGGGGUUGCCCUCCUAUUGCUGGGAUCAUAACAGAAAGUAUUGGAAAGAGUCUCGCAUUUCACGCAACUUUAGACUCGAUGACCGAAAAAUCCAUGAAAUACUUGGUCGUAGAGCAACUGAUGAUACAGCUGAGCUACUACGAUGGCGCAACAUCCUUCGCCUGACUGAGCUGCCUUGGGUAAGAGACCAUGCCUUCCAGGGUCAGGCUAUUCUUCCAGGUGCGGCAUAUAUCUCAGCCAUUAUUGAGGCGGUCAAGGCUUUUGUUAGCGACAAAAACAUCAAGCUCGUUGAUAUCUUUGAUUUCAAGAUCCCCAAGGCUGUUGUCUUGCAAGAAAAUAAGUCAACCGAACUCACAACUACCCUCGGACCCGUUGUUCGCAAGGCUGACAGCGUGUGGUCAGCCGAAUUUUCAUUCUCCGCAACCGUAGCGGAUGGCCUGGUGGCUAUACCUGAGAGAACAUGCUACGGCCGAGUUGAAAUCCAUGUUGGAGAGGCUGACUUCCAUUUGCCGUCUCCCGAGAGACCACCGCCUAACCUAAACGCUCUGAAUAUUGACGUAUUCUACAAGGCUCUUAAGGAGCUAGGCAUCGACUACAGGAGCUCGUUCCGUGCAAUCAAGUCGGCCCAACGAACUGUAGGCUAUUCCUCGACUCUGGCGGCUUGGGAUAUUGCGGAUCUCGGCAGUUCAUAUUCACUGCAUCCUGCGAUACUAGAUGUCGGCUUCCAAUCGGUGCUGGCGGCACUUGCGUCACCGCAGACCGGCCAGAUGUGGACCAUGUAUCUCCCCGUGGGAAUUCGAAGGGCAACCAUUCGUCUGGGGCCCCUCUCUCACGCUGGAGCAUCUACAAAGGAUACUGAAAUUAAGUCUCGCAGCUCAGCCCAAAUAACCUCUUUAUCGAGCAAUGGUGUCGAAGGUAAUUUGCAGAUCGUGUUUGGCUCAUUUGUGGGUGUGCAGGCCGAAGGCAUUGAACUACAAGCGACGGGAGACCCUCUAGCUGGCGCAGACCGGGUGCUUUUUUCCAACACCAUUUGGGACAGUGACAUCUCAGCGGGUAUGGAUAAGGUUGUGCUGGAGUCGCCAACAGAUCCAGCGACUGAUGAUGAACUACUCGAAGCGCUAGGCCGCACCUCUCUCUACUACUACCGAGUCCUACUGGACGAAAUCUCUCCACGCGAGAUGAAGAGCUUGGCGUGGCAUCACCAGAUGUUCUGGCAAUCGGCAAAGCACUGGGUUGAAGAGGUGAGAGCUGGACGUCACCCAAGCGCUAAGCGCGAAUGGCUAGACGACACUCGUGAUGCCGUGUGGAAGCAAGCCGAAAGGUAUGAGCACACCGUCGACAUUCAAAUUACCCGCAGCUUGGGCGAGAGGCUGUUGUCCAUCGCGCGUGGUGAGACCCAGCCACUGGAAGUCAUGAUGGAAGGUGAUAUGUUGAGCAGGUUUUAUGUUGAGUCCUACGGGCUCGAUAGCAUGAACGACCACAUUGCACGCGCCGUUGCGCAGAUAACCCAUCGAUUCCCGCAAGCAAACAUCCUUGAGAUCGGUGCCGGCUCUGGAGGGACUACCAGAAAAAUACUGCGUGCGGUAGGCAAUACGUUCAGGCACUAUACCUUCACUGAUAUAUCGUCUGGGUUUUUUGAAAAGGGGGCCGCUAAGUUCGCCCCAUGGCAACGGAAGAUGACUUUUAAAGUCUGUGACAUCGAGAAGAACCCAAUUGAUCAAGGAUUCGAUGAGGAGGCGUACGACAUUAUCGUGGCGGCUAAUGUUCUCCACGCCACCCGCUGCCUCUCUGACACGAUGCGCCACGUUCGGCAGCUAUUGAAGCCAGGCGGUUAUCUGGUAAUGAUGGAGAUCACGGGUGACCUCCUCCGCUUGGGUUUUAUCAUGGGCUCGCUACCGGGCUGGUGGCUCGGGCCUCAACUACGUGAUGAGGGUCGCCAGUGGGGCCCUGGAAUCUCCUGCGUGCAGUGGGAUGACCUCCUGCAACGCACUGGCUUUUCUGGUGUCAACCAUAUGGCGACAGAUAAUCCCGAUCCCCAUAAACAAUAUGUAUCCACGCUGAUAAGCCAGGCUGUCGAUGACGAGUUUGCGCUGCUGCUCAAUCCGCUAGCCGGUUUUAGUCCGAUCCCAGCAUUACCCCAUAAGUUGCUGAUACUAGGUGGCGAGACGCUUCACAUUGCAAAAGUAACCCAAGAGCUGAAGCGAACACUCAACCCUUUAGUAGCUACCAUCGAGACCAUCUCACGCCUUGAAUAUAUCAACAUUGGCCCUGAAGAAGAAUUGUCUAUCAUCAGCUUGACAGAGCUUGAUUAUCCGCUCUUUGCCAGUCUGAUGACGGCCACAAGGCUGAAAAAUCUGCAGACCCUUUUAAAGGCCUCGUCAUCCGCCCUCUGGGUGACAGCUGGAUGUAGAAAUUCUAGCCCAACGUCCAAUAUGUUUGUUGGCAUCGCUCGGGCCCUGCGCGCUGAACGAAGCGAUAUCAACUUACAGCUCCUAGAUGUCGGAAAUCCGACAGACACGAGCGCCAAAGUACUAGCAGAGCAUUUCUUGCGGCUAGUUCUGGUGAAGAAGCAAGAGUACGCUGAUAAACGAAUGCUGUGGACAACCGAAUCUGAAAUUGCACAAGAAGGGCAGACUCUGCUAAUCCCACGCCUUGUUCCCGAUAAACUACGGAAUGAGAGGUAUAAUGCCUUGCGCCGUGUUAUCAUCAAGGAAGUUACCUCGGCAGACACUGAAGUUGAGGUCGAGGCCAGCGGGAGCAUGGUUUCGCUACUAGGAGUAGACUCAAGGCUCUUCCGUCGGUUAAUGACACCUUCAACUUUAGAACAAUUCAGCCUCCACGUCCAUCUGUCCAUGGCUCUUCCUCACCCAGGCCAGCACUACUUCUUAUGCUAUGGCACAGUCGGAUCCAUAGUUGGACAGGAGGCCUUUGUUCUCUCUCGGGUAAAUCGGUCUGUCAUUCUCUGCAAUUCCCAAGAUGCUCUUUUGCUCGAUUCGGCAUCAUCAGGUGAAAAAGGAGAUAAACAAUCAAUUCUCGAAGCCCUUGCUGCACAACUUAUAGCCCGCAAUUUGGCAUCUAUUCUUCCUCGAACAGGAGCCGUCUUAGUGUAUGAGCCACCAUCUGAGGCCCUUGCUAUAGCCAUCGAGUCAAGCAGUCUGUGGAAAGGACGUCAGGUAUACUAUGCCACAUCACGAACGGAUAGAUCUAUGCCUUCCAGUUGGAUCUCCGUUGAUCCUUAUAUUUUUGGCCGUUUCAUCAGACAGAAGUUUCCAGAUGACAUUACCGCCGUGGUUGACUUUUCUUUGUCAGAUUCUUCUAGUAUUUUAGCCGUUGAUGCCACCAAAUCUGUCAUCAGGCGCUUCGAGCCAUCUCUCCUCAAGGUCAACAGCCAAGAACUCACUAGUGCGUAUUGCGAUGCUCUGCCAACCAUCAGCCAUGGCAAGUCGGUAAUAGAAACUAAAGCUAUUCCGCUUAAUGCGCUUUCCGGAAAUUCUUCGUCCAUCCUGGCGUACCCAGCCGUUAUUGACUGGCGCAGGUGGCAAGAUAAGGAACCAACCAUAGUCCAGGUCAAACCACUUAUAGCAACCGGAAUCUUUACAUCGUCCAAAACUCAUCUCAUGGUGGGUCUCAAUGGCGACCUCGGCCAGUCUAUCUGCGGCUAUAUGGUCAGAAACGGAGCUCGCCAUAUAGCCAUUGCAAGCCGACGCGGUGAGGUAAACCCAGACUGGCUGGAGAGCAUGCGAAAAGACUACCGGGCAAAUGUCCGCGUUUAUAAGAUGGAUGUAACAAACCAACAAUCUAUCCGUUUGGCGCUAGGCUUGAUCAACACCGAGAUGCCCCCGAUUGGAGGAGUAGCCAAUGGCGCCCUAAUACUUCAUGACAAAAUGUUCAUGAACAUGGAUGCGGAAUCCUUGAAUAAGACGCUGAUGCCGAAGGUAGACGGCUCCAUAUACCUAGAUGAGGUCUUCUCGAACCUAGACCUCGAUUAUUUCGUGCUCUUUUCAUCUGUAGGCACUGUUGGUGGUAAUCGUGGCCAGGGCAACUACCAUGCAGCAAAUAUGUUCAUGACAAGCCUCGUUGCAAACCGUAGACUUAGGGGCCUGGCUGCUUCAGUGAUCCACGUUGGUAUGAUACUUGACGUUGGCUACGUCGCAAGGCAAGACCGCAAGUUGUUUGAACACAUGCGGAAACAAGGCUUUAUGCCAACAUCUGAGACCGACGCUCACUUCCUCUGGGUUGAGGGUGUGCUAGCAAGCCCGGCUGACUCGCAUCUUGACGCCGAUAUUUGCAUGGGCUUCGAAUUUUUCGAGGAUAGAGGGGACGAUUCGGCAAGACCGCCUUGGUACCAUGAUUCACGGCUCUCGCACUUUAUCACGCAGCCUGAAGAAGAGACGAGUGAUGCAAGGCGAGCCAUUGGUCAUUCACUACACAUCAGACAGAGACUAGAUGGUGCCAGGUCUGUAAAGGAGGCGCAUCUUUUGUUGCAAGAGGCAUUCUCCUCUAAACUCGAGGCGAUGAUGCAACUUGAUGCCGGCACCGUCAACAUUGAUGUUCCUCUUCUGGACUUAGGCUUUGACUCACUCCUCGCUGUGGAGACACGCACUUGGUUCUUGAAAGAGGUGCAUGUCGACGUACCGGUCCUUCGUUUUCUCGGUGGAGACACCGUCAGAGAAAUCUGCCUCGACGCAUCCACCGAUUAUCUCACUUCACGAGCAUCGAAAAAUGCAGAAAAUAAUAAGAAUAAAACAGCCACUGACACAUGUGGGAUAAUAGCCUCGGAAGCGGGCGAGCGACCCCAGUUGAAAUUUGCAAUAUCUUUAAGCGAUAGCGACCAAUCGCUCCAGAACCCGUCCCCAAGCUCAAUCUCUAACCAAGCUAUAAUAAUGUCGACUAUUACCGAUGAAACUGAGGCAUCUGACACGUAUGUUACUAUCCUCACAGACAGACAUGGGGAGAUUAGCGAAAAAGCACUGGAAAAUUCAGGUAUUCAAACUUGCGCUCAUGUUCAGGUUCAAGACCCAGUCAGGGUCGAAACAAUGUCUUACGCUCAAACUAGGCUCUGGUUUCUUGGACAAUAUUUAGACGACCCAACGACGUGCAACAUCACCGUCCAAUACGUGAUCAAAGGUGAGCUGGACAUUGAUCAGCUUUGCAAAGCAUUGGAGAAAGUCGUUAGCCACCAUGCCAGUCUGCGAACGUGUUUCUACACUGACGCUGAGACAGGGAGGCCUACCCAGGGGCUCCUGCGCGCUCCACACCCAUCUUCCACUCUCAAGUAUCUCCAGGCAUCAAGUCGCAAGGAUAUCCAACUCGAGUUUGACAAGCUAGCAAAUUACCGGUGGGAUCUCCAUAAUGGAGAGACGUUUGCUGCAACCCUGUUCCCAAGUAGCAAAGACGAACACAUCCUCAUUUUUGGUUACCACCACAUCGUCAUGGAUGGUGUGAGCUGGUAUACUGUCCUUCAUGACCUAGACAAGGCCUAUACCUCAAAACCACUAAGCCAGCAAAGCAAGUCAUAUAUGGAUGCCUCGAUAGAGCAGAGAUGUGCUGUUGAAUCCGGUGCCUACGACAGGGAGAUUCGCUUCUGGGAAGAUAUGCAUGCAAAACUCCCUGAUGUUAUACCCCUUCUCCCUCUGUCCUGUGCUCGACGGCGGCAGCCACUACAACGCUACCAGAGCUACACAUUCACGCGGGAUAUUGGCAGCGACCUGGUCGCCAAGAUCAAGGACGCCUGCAAGACUCUAGGAGUGACACCUUUUAACUUAUAUCUUUCAGCUCUGCAGGUGCUCCUCCAUAAGCUUCUUGAUAUUGAUGACCUGUGUAUUGGCGUCACAGAUGCCAGUCGCAAUGAUCAUGAGCUGGCCAAAACGGUCGGCUUCUUUUUGAAUAUACUCCCGCUACGUUUCAAGGUUCAUCGGCAGGCUUCGUUUGCUGACCUAGUCCGGCAAACAUCUCAGAAUAUAUUAACAGCCCGUAGCAACGGCCACGUUCCGGUUGACGUGAUCUUGGAGCGGCUCAGCGUCCCGCGGGACCCUUCCUUUAGCCCGCUCUUCCAGGUCGUAUUCAACUAUCGCAUAGGUGCCAUGGCUGAGGCCACCAUAGGGAAAUGCCAAAUGUCAGUUGAGUCCAUUCGCGAUGCCGAAAGCCCCUUCGAUCUCGGUUUUGGCAUCUAUGAAUCUGCAGGAGGUUCAUGUGGCUUGCAGAUCAUCACUCAAAGCUACCUUUAUGACCCAGAUGCUGCUGCGUGUCUGGCCCACUUGUACAUAAGUAUUCUUGACAUAAUUUGCUUAGACACAUCUCAGAUGCUUGGGCAAUAUGAUCCAUUUGAUAUGGGUGCUAGGAAAGGGGAGGCCUCUGUUAGAAAGGGACCACGCAAGGCUUGGGAGUGGCCUCCAUCUCUCUCUGAGCGAGUGAAUGAUAUGAUCAGAAUUCACAGGGACAGCGUUGCUAUUGUCAACGCUGAGUGUCCCCAGUCUCUAACCUAUGGUCAACUCGGGAGCCAAAUACGCUCGGUAGCCUCUGCCAUUCAGAAAGAGGACCCUACCCUUCACUCACGCAUCGCCGUGUUGUGCCAACCGUCGAUGGAACUAAUCAUCUCAAUGUUGGCUAUCCAGCAGAUGGGUCAUGUAUAUGUGUCAUUAGAUACAAAUCUCCCAAACGAACGCCACGUCGCAAUCCUGACUGAUUGUAAACCUACCGUUCUCCUCUGCCAUGAUAAAACUUUGGCAUCAAUCCCAUUACUUAAUAACAAAGGUUUCUCUAUUAUCAAUCUGUCUGCUCUAUCUACUAAUUAUAGACUCCCAUUAUCCUUCCAAGCCGAUCUGUACGAUCCAACUCUCUCUGCCUUCCUUUUCUACACCAGUGGCUCAACUGGUCAACCAAAGGGAAUCUAUAUCCCCCAAUCUGGGAUUUUGAAUCAUAUUGCGCAUAAAACCGACUAUCUAUCUCUUCAAAGAGAAACUGUCCUUCAGCAAAGCUCUUUCGGUUUCGACAUGUCCCUCACCCAGAUAUUUGUUGCUCUUGCUAAUGGGGGAACCGUUGUCAUCGCCCCCAAGGCUUCUCGUGGUGACCCCAUCGCUUUGUCCCAGCUCAUGCUUGUUCACGGUGUGACAAUUACGAUUGCCACACCAUCUGAGUAUGCCAUGCUGCUCCGCUACGGCCAGGCACAGGUACAACAGUGUAGUAGUUGGAAGCAUGCUUGCAUGGGAGGCGAAACUGUGACGAAACAGCUUGUGCAAGCAUUUGCUGAGCUUGGAAACAUGAAGUUACGACUGACGAAUUGCUACGGACCUACUGAGGCAUCACUUGCUGUAACGUUUGACAACCUCUCCCUAACUCUCGCAAGUGAAAUGUCAGAAUAUGCCUCAGUUGGCACUGUUAUUCCCAACAACUCGGUAUACAUUGUCGAUGAGUUUUCUUCACAGGCCGUACCGAUUGGGUUCCCAGGUGAAAUCUGUAUUGGCGGUGCAGGUGUGGCAAUGGGGUAUUUAAACCUUCCUCAUCUCUCUGCGUCAAAGUUCGUGGAGGAUCCAUUCACUGAUACGGCCGACAUACAGAGGGGUUGGUCACUGCCAUGUCCGGGGAGAAAAGGAAUGGAGCUAGCGAAGGGAGGAUGGAGAGAGAUAGUAAGGCGACUGCCUCUUCCAGCUUAUAUGCGACCAUCACUCGUCAUUACGGUGAAUCAUCUGCCGCAAACACCGAAUGGGAAGGUUGAUCGAGGAAGCCUUGAGGCGCCAGACUUUCAAACGCUAAAGCAAGUGUGUGUGGAGAAUGAGGAGACGAAAAAGUUAUCACUAGAGGAAGGGGAGCUUCGUUUUAUAUGGGAAGAGGUGCUUGGAGAGUCCUUGACGUCGCACAGAGCUGAGCUGACAUCAGAGACCGAUUUCUUCAUGGUAGGCGGGAGUUCUCUCUUGUUAAUGCGGCUUCAAGGAGCCAUCAAGGAGACGUUAGGGUUGGUGGUGCCUGUUAUUGAACUAUAUCAAGCAAGCACAUUGGGUCGCAUGGCAGCACGUAUUCGAGUUGGGAAACAGCAUCAGGAGCCUACAGAAGAGAUUGAUUGGGAAACAGAGACAGAGUACGAUAUUCCGUCAUCAUAUAUUCCCACCAUGCCAGACAGGCAUACAAUGCAAGAAUCCAACCGCGAGAUCCUGAUAACAGGGGCUCACACAUUUCUCGGCUCUGAGAUCCUCCAAGCGCUCAUUAACGAUAACAGUGUCAGACGGGUCCAUUGCAUAGCACUUCCCAGGGCAGCUGGCAAGAGAAUAGUUCGAUCAAGUAAGGUAUCACCAUACCUAGGCAGCCUUCAGGCCAAGUCACUAGGGUUAUCCCCAGACGAGAUCUCGUACCUGCAACCCCGUAUCGACCUGAUUAUUCACGCCGGUAGCGUUGGGCAUUGUCUAAACAACUACUCCUCACUCCGCCUGCCUAAUGUUGGAUCCGUCCGCUGUCUCGUGGAACUGGCCCUCCCCCGCCGUAUACCCAUACACUUCAUCUCCUCUAAUCGGGUGAUUCUCCUCUCUGGCCAUCAAAAACUUCCGCCCAUUUCAGUUGGCCAACAUCAGCCCCCUACUGACGGAUCAGAAGGCUUCACGGCGUCAAAAUGGGCGGGCGAGCGCCUGCUCGAGAGAGUCUCCCAAGCAACAGGCCUCGACGUGACAGUCCACCGGCCUUGCGCCGUCGUGGGGCCUAACGCCCCUAGUGAAGACGCACUUAACGCAUUAUUACACUUUGCGGAGGCACAAAACUCAGUUCCCCGCUUUCAUAACCUUGCCGGCUACCUUGAUUUUGCACCAGUCACAGAUGUGGCAAGGAAUAUUUCCAAUUUUGUGCUCAAGUGCCAGUACCUCGACAACGGCUCUUUCCAUUCUGGAAUUUGCGCUAUGAAUAUUGCUCCACCGACCGGGGACUCUUCCAUGACAAUCGUGCACUACUCAAGCGGAAUUGAAACGCCUGUAUUAGACUUCCGCGGCCGCAUGGAGACAUUACACGGCCGCGAGUUUGAUGAACUGGAUUUCGCAGAAUGGAUGCAUGAAGCUAUCAAGAGAGGCAUGGACUCUCUGAUAAGUACAUACUUAGAGAGCCUUAUCGAACAGGAUCGCAUCAUUAGUUUCCCCUAUCUUGGUGAGGCGCUGGGAGAAGGACUGUGA